AUGUUGUGUCCUCAAGACACCUCGUCGAAAGCCGAUAAGGCUCACCAGAAGCCCAACAUGGGCGCCUGCAAAAAGGCCACAUCAGCCCAUAAGAGAGGCCAAAGCUCCAAGUGCGCACCAGAGAAAGGGCAAACCAGCCCACAAGAAAGGCCAAAGUAUGUGCCAGAAGAAAAGGGCAAACCAGCCCCACAAGAAAGGCCAAAGUAUGUGCCAGAAGAAAAGGGCAAACCAGCCCCACAAGAAAGGCCAAAGUAUGUGCCAGAAGAAAAGGGCAAACCAGCCCACAAGAAAGGCCAAAGUAGGCGCCAGAGCAAACAUCAAUCCGGCCUACAAGAAAGGCUAAUGCUCCAAAUGCGCGCAAGAGAAAAAAAGGCUUUUCAGAGACCCUCAAGGUCACUGUCAAGAUUCAAAGCCAAAUCAAGAUAG